AUGAAAGUGCACUCUGCAAAGAUUCUUACCCAAAAAGAUCUUGAAAAAGAAUUUAUAGCCAUUUCUAAAUUAUUCGUUGGAAAAGAGACAGAACAUAAUUGGGAGAAGAGAGAUGCUGCUAUCAGACAGUUACGUGAAGCACUUCAUUCAACUCAUUUUGAAGAAUGGAAAAGUACCUUUAUACGUGGCAUUCACGACGUAGUUAGCGACGUAAUCAAGACGAUACAUAGUCUACGAAGUUCAGUAGCAUUGGAAGGAUUGGCUUUAAUAUCAGAUAUCAGUUUACUCAUUGGAGAGUGCUUAGAUUUGUAUACGAUUGAGACCAUUUUAAUCAACUUGUUAAAAUGCUGCAGCACAACAAAGAAGAUCAUUGUAUCAAAAUCCAAUGAAGUAACAAGCCAGUUUCUAUCAAGAACAAACUAUCAUUUUAAAGUAGUAUCCAUUCUUUGUAAAAAUAUAAGCGACAAAAAUACCCAAGUACGACAAUCAUCAGCUCUAUUCUUAAAGACAGUACUUCAAACACAUGGCCAAAAAGAACAGACAAAGCUGGCUAUUGGAAAAGCAGAAAGUACUGCACUUAUCCAUCAAUCUUUAAACAAGGGAUUAAGUGAUGCGUCACCAUCUGUACGAGAAGCUUGCAGACAAGCCUAUUGGACAUAUCACGAAUAUUGGCCAAAUGAAGCUAAAAAAUUAUGCAUCACCAUAGAUACUGUUGCCUUGCGCCAAUUAGAAAAAUCCAACAAGGGCAAAAAAAUAUCUCCAAUACCACUAUUUAACAGAUCCAAUUCCUCAUCUUCUAUAUCAACCACUUCUUCAUUAUCGUCCAAACCUCCCACAUUAAAAAGAGCGUCCUCCAACUCAGAAGUAGAUGGUAAAAAGCAUCAUUCGAUACCCGCUGUUUCAAUUGAAGUCAAGAAAAACUUGUCAAUUCAAAAACUAACAAGGUUAUCACAUAUAUCCAAUGUAUCUGCACCUACUGCACCUGUUGCAUACAAGCUAAAUAAACAGCUAUCAACUACCCAUGCUCGAUCACAGCGACAGACUAAGUCUGAUUUUCACCAUCGAUCCGCGCUUGAAUCUGCUUCGAUUCUCAAUAUGCUCAAAAGCAACAACACCAAUCAAAAAUGCAACGGUAUUCGUAAAUUGUCUGAAAAGCUUCACAACACCGUCUACAACCCAUCUGGCAGCAUCAGUCUUCCACCUGAUGUUCCUUCUAAACUUAACCUUUUACCCAUCUUGAUGGAUUAUAUUUCAAGAAAGGAUCUCGAGUUGGAAGUAUACCAAACUCUCAUGAGCUGGGAAAGUCUGGCCGGCAUAUUUGUUUAUGUCAUGUCUUUGAAUUACUAUGCUCCUACUCUGAUCAUAGCAGACCAACAAUGCAAAAGCUCGCAAAGCAAAAGAAGUGAUAUGACAGCAGUUUUCAGCAAAGGAUUAGCGCGUAUGAAGCUGUUUUUAAAGAGAAAUGACCCAGGACUUGUUACGAAGCUAUUGAACCUGCUAAAGUCUACAGAAAACGUACAAAAGUCUAAACAGCUAGAUUCAAGUGUCAAACGCGACAUUCUAUUGUUCCCUGUCAAUAAAGAACACCUACAGGUCGGUCUAUUGGAAUGGAUAGAUCAGCUUGCAUGUGAUCACCUUGGCUUGACUCAGGAUGAAGACAUGGAAACAUUAAUGGAGGGCUCACGUUGGUUGAACGCAUCAUUGCAGAAAGCAACUGCUGAGCAGUGGUUUGAUGUAGAUGAGAAUGUGAAGCAACUUACUGAUUACGUUGUGCAUAUGACCACCGCAGACUCCACAAAGCAUCAGGAGCUGCUACAACCUGCUCUACAGCAACUUGUAGAACACUUGAAAAUGAUCAAUGUCACAGUUUUUGAUGAUGUUGUACAAUCUGCCAACAAGGACCCCAAGGUUGCAGAAAACAGUUUAUUACAGAAUGUGCUAAGGUCCAUCAUGGAAGAACAGAGUACGGAUUCUGUAGCAUUGGAAGAUCUUCCUGAUGAAAUGAUGAUACAGGAUAUAGAUUUUAGUGUGAUGGAUAAACUAAAUGAGCUGGAUGAGUACAAUGCUAGCACAGGUAUGACUCAGGAAUUGUCAAACAUUAGGAUCAAUCCCCAAGUACACUAUAUAAAUAAUACAAGUCAUCAAAAUAACACAUCAUUACAAAUCCAAGACAUAGAAACAAUCGAAAAGAAAAGCUCUACAAGUACGAUGCCUAUUGUUCAUCCACCUGAUUCACCAAAGCCCUCUAUGGUAUUACAACAAGAAAAGAUUGAAACACCUGCAAGCAGCCCAGAGAUAAUGCCUCAAAAGAUAAGCAUUGAGACAAGAACGACAAGAGUAAAGAAUAGCCGGCCAGCGCCUAGUCCAAGUGUAUCGGUUGAUGACAGACAGUGUGUUAAAAAGCAAAAGCAUAUCCAUGAACAGAGUACAGAAACAACGACAGCGCCAACAGAAGCUGAUCAGAAUCCAACUAGAGAAAAGCUCAGCAUAGAUGCUAGUAUAAAACUUGAUAUGCUUCAAAGUGGAAUUGCCAGAAUAAGGUCUAAUCAGGUGGACGAAGCACUGCUACUUCGAUUACAACGCUUAUCAAACGACACGCCUAUUCAAGAUAUAUACAAUAUUGAAGAUGGCUGCAAGUUCUGGUUGAAUGACUAUGCCGAGCCAUUUAGGUCUCUUUUGAGUGGGGUGACAAAGUACCUUGCUGAUGAAGAGACACAAGAUCCGAUAUUGAGAAUAGAAGCUGUGCAGCUUAUCAAAAAGAUGAUUAUUUGCCAACGAGCGUUAUUUUUACGAUUUGCAAAGGUGAUAACGAAGGGAUAUGCACAUCAAAUAUAUUAUGUCCUUAAAACCCUAUUGAAGGAAACCACAGAUAUCUACAGCAAUAUAUCCGUUGUGGCAGAAGACGCUAUUAGCCAGCUAUUAUCUAUUUAUUCUCCUGAAGUAUCCUUAAAGUUACUUCAGGAUGUCGCAAAUCAUUUUACAGAAGCAACCCAUAUACCCAAUACUCAAACCAAUCAUCAGCCACUUGGUGUAUUAUUUUCAUAUGUCAGUAAGGUUGCACCUGAUGCGUCAAACAUAACACUAGAUCAAUUCCUUAAAAAAGGUGUUACUGAUUUGUUAGUAAAGCAGAGCAAUUGA